AUGGUGACUAAGUUGGGAUUAAAGAUUGAGAAACAUCCCAAACCUUACAACAUCCGGUGGUUACAAGAUGGUGGAUGCAUGAAGGUAACCAAACGUUGUUUAGUCUCCUUUUCUAUUGGCAAGAAUUACAAGGAUCAGAUUUGGUGUGAUGUGAUGAAGAUGGAUGCUUGCCAUCUAUUACUUGGGAGACCGUGGAAGUAUGACAGACAUAUCCUACAUGAUGGGCAUCUUAAUACCUACUCCUUUACAAAGGAUGGGCAUAAGAUUAUCUUGAGACCAAUGCACCAAAACGAGCUUGCAAAGAAGAAUCAGCCCAUGCGUGAUACUCUAAUGACCAGGUUUGAGGUUAUUGAUCAAAUCAACAAAGGGGAACCUGUGUACAUAGCCAUGGCAAAGGAAGAGCAAAAGCAGGAAGAACAAUUCUUGGAACCACGUGUCAAGGAACUGAUUACAAAGUUUGAUGAUGUGAUUGCUGAAGACGUUCCGAUGCAACUUCCACCUCUGCAUGGAAUUCAACAUCAAAUUGACUUGAUUCCGGGAGCACCAUUACCAAACAGGGCAGCCUCUAGGAUGAAUCCUACACAACAAGUUGAACUUCAAAAGCAAGUUGAAGAACUUUUGGAGAAGGGAUUGAUAAGAGAGAGCCUUAGUCCCUGUGUCGUACUAGCUUUGCUUGUCCCUAAGAAGAAUGGCACUUGGCAGAUGUCUGUUGAUAGUCGUGCCAUCAACAAAAUCACCAUCAAAUACCGCUUCCCAAUUCCUAUGUUAGAUGAUUUAUUUGACCAAUUGCAUGGGGCUAAGAUCUUUUCGAAGAUUGAGCGGAUACCAUCAAAUUCGUAUGCGAGAAGGUGA